UCAGUCCCACUCAUUCUCCACCAUCCACCAUCCUCUGAGGUGUGUCUGCAGACAGAGAUACAUACAGACACACACAGACAGACACACACACAGGUCGCCGGAGCACCGACAGAAAGAGCGUCUUCUUCUCUUUGUCCACCCGAACAUGGCGUCAAAAUGUCCAAAAUGCGACAAGACGGUGUAUUUCGCGGAGAAGGUGACGUCUUUAGGGAAAGACUGGCACAAGUUCUGUCUGAAGUGUGAGCGUUGCAACAAGACGCUGAAUCCUGGAGGCCACGCUGAGCACAACGAGACGCCUUAUUGCCACAAGCCGUGCUACGCCGCCCUCUUUGGACCAAAAGGCGUGAACAUCGGGGGGGCCGGUUCCUACGUUUACGACGCUCCCGCCAACGAAGCCCCGGCUGCCGUUUCAAUGGAAACAGAUGCGAAACCAGAGGAGCAGAAAAAAGCCCCGCGGGGACCGGUGAAGGCUGCAAGUUUCUCAUCUUUCUCCGGAGGACCCAACAUCUGCCCCCGAUGCAACAAGACCGUGUAUUUUGCGGAGAAGGUGUCGUCUCUGGGGAAGAACUGGCACCGGCCCUGUCUUCGUUGUGAACGUUGCAGCAAGACUUUAUCUGCCGGCAGCCAUGCAGAGCACGAUGGACAGCCGUACUGCCACAAACCGUGCUACGCCGUGCUGUUUGGACCCAAAGGUGUAAACACUGGAGGCGUCGGCAGCUACAUCUACGACGAGCCUGAAGCCGAGGCUCAGCCCUGAUUCUGAUUCAGACUCUGAUCCUUCGCUCUGCCUUCAUGGAUGAUAUGUCAGGGAUGGACAUUUAGACGUUUCUGUUGUAUUUGUAUAUUGUUUAUAUAUCUAUUUUUUGUACUAAUACUAACCGUUAACACGUCCUCCCGCGUGAGUUUCAGAUUUGCCUUUCAGUUUUAGUCUACUUGCCAGCAGUGUGAAAACGUGUGAAAUGUUGAGGACCCCAAAGUGUUAUGAUAAAAAUGUGUAGUACGGAUAGCACAUGGAAACUGCCAGAUGCUAACUUGCAUAUGUUGGGCAAUUUGCAGAAUUGGCAGAAGUUGCAUUAAUUAGCAUAUGACAAUAGCUUAAAAAUGGCUUGGCUGAUUUGGACAAUUAUGGUGUGCUUUUAAGGGAAAAGGGAGGAUGUUGAAUCAAUUUCUGACAUUGUUAGGAUCCGAAAUGGCAGUUUUGAGUCCCCUAAAACUUUAAAAUACGCCCAAAACUCAUCAAAUCAGCCCACUAAGAGUACAAAUAUGGCCACUUUUGGUUAAAACUGCCAUAUUUGAUCCUUAAAAUGUCAGAAAUGGAUUCAACGUCCGCAAAAACCUCCAAAAACACUCCAAAAUUGUCCAAGCCAUUUUUAAACUAUUGUUUUCAUAUGCUAAUUAAUGCAACUAUUUCUAAUUGUGCAAAUGCCCAACAUCUGCAAGUUAGCAUCCGGCAGUUUCUAUAUGCUGUGAACCCGUAAUGUACAUAAUACUUGGUGGUAUUCAACAUUUCCUGAUUCACGACAGGACUCUUUGAGCUGCAAACAGACUAUUUCUUUGUUCUCUUUGCCAAAUAAUUAUUAUUAUGUAGUGUCACUAAUGAGUAAUAGUUAUUUUUAGACUUUUGUGCACUUACAAGAUGUACCGUAUGAAACGUAACGCUGUCAGAGCUUGUUCAACAGAGCUAAAAGGGAUGAGCUGCACACACUGAUGUGCAUUUUACUGAAUGUUAGGAAGCUGAGUUUGAGGUCUGUGGGAACAAGAAGUGUUCAACUGUGCAUCACAUUUUCUACAUUAAAACUAUGUGAUACCAAA